AUGCGCAACUCCCCAGCACCCUCAGCAGCAGCAGCAGCAGCAGCAGCAGCAGCAGCAGCAGCAGGACUCUGGGGCAGGGCUCGCAGGCGGUGUCCUGGGAGCGGCGCAAGACGUCGUAAGGAUUCAUUUUGCUGCCAGCAGGACAAGCUGAAGGAGCUUUUGCUGCAGGGGGACAGAAGUAGCCGGGGGGACACUUGUGGGGUGCUGCUGCUAAAAGGGGACAGUAGAAGCCACCGGGGCAGGCCGCAGCAGCAGCAGCAGCAGCAGCACAGUAGUGCCCCGGCGGACACGGGAGGGGCCCCGGGGCCCCCGCGGGACAGUAGUACCCUUCGGGACACGGGAGGGACAAAUCUGCUGUCCCCAACGCCCCACAAAACACGCCUCCUGCAGCAGCAGCAGCAGCAGCAGCAGCAGCAGCAGCAGCGACAUUGUCGGCAUCGUCGUCAGCAGCAGCAGCAGCAGCGUUAUCGGCAUCGUCGUCGUCGGCAGCAGCAGCAGGAGCAGCGGCAGCACCAGCAUCAUCACCAGCAGCACCGCCAUCUUCACCACCAGUAG